CUCAUUUCUUUCCUCUAAAAAAAAAAAUUCCUUAUGAGUUUGCCAAUUUAGAGAGUCCACACGAUAAGCAAUCAAAGCACACAUAAAAGACCACAAAUAAAAAUUACUCCUUAUUUUCAGAUUUGAAAAUGAUUGUGACGGUGCCAACUGCUCACUCCUCCUCUUCCAUACUUGGUUUUAGAAGCAUUAUAUCAAAAACGCCUCCGCCAUUAAUUCAUCAAAGCUUUUUUCUGCCCGCUAAAUUUUCAUGGUCCUCAACACCCCUUCAUUUCUCUCUACAAAAUGGCACAAAGCUCAUGGCUUCUACUUCAACAUCUGCAGUUGCAAAUGCAGAAUUCUCAGAGGAACCAGCAACCAGAGUAAAAUUUCUUAAAUCUGUAGAUCUUCCGGGUUGUUCAAGUUCAUUGUCCUUGCUUGGAACAGGCUACAGGGAAAAAGUUUUUGCAAUUAUCGGUGUUAAGGUGUAUGCAGCUGGACUUUAUGUGAAUCCAUCCUUGCUGAAUGAGUUGAUUUCUUGGAAAGGAAAGGCAAAACUCGAAAUCGAACAAGAUUUGGCAUUAUUCCAAUCUAUUUACCUAUCAUCUUCGGAAAAAUCAUUGCAAAUCGCUCUGGUAAGAGAUGUUGAUGGGAAAACGUUUUGGGAUGCCUUGGAUGAAGCCAUUUCUCCUAGAGUUAAAGCACCGACUCCUGUUGAUGAAUCGGCCCUUUCAACUUUUCGGAGUAUCUUCCAGGGACUAUCACUAAAGAAAGGCACUUUAAUUCUUUUAACUUGGCUUGAACCAUCCAAGAUGCUGCUGUCCGUGUCUUCGAAUGGGAUACCUACGAAUGUAGAUGCCACAAUCGAGUCGAUGAAUGUUACGCGGGCCCUAUUUGAUGUGUUCUUUGGAGAUUCACCGGUUUCCCCUACCUUAAAGUCUUCACUUGCCAAUGGUUUGGCAACGAUCUUGUAGUUAUGUGCAACACAAUGCUGCAACUAAACGGAUUAUGCUAUUAUAUAUGUCAUUACUUUUUUAAACAGAUAUUAAAGAAAUUGUUUUUCUAAAAUCAGCUACAUUUAUUGUGCAAAAAACCCAGUAGUGGUAAACAGGAAUGAAUUGUCCUUAGAUUUCCAGAUAAAUGAUAAUGUUUGUUUUGUUAAUUCAAUGGAUUUUUUUAAAGCGGUAAAAUGUAAA